AACCAGCUGUGAAUUGUAAAAUGAAAACAAUCGGUAAUAAAGUUCUUUGAAUGCUAUGCAUAUUGCGGAUCUCGAUCCUGUAGCGAGCAGACCAAGACAUUUGCAAGCGCGAGAAAUUUAUCUAAGCCACUUCAGUAGCCGUUAUGCUCACCGUCUCUAUGGUCAGCGGUCUACUCUUACUUGUCCUGUUUGUAAGUCUAUUUCCAACCGAGACCUUGGCUUCGCUAGAAUGGAACGGAUGGACCCCCUGUGCUGGGGGAGCAUGUGGGAAGAAUGGUACUAGAAUGAGACGGGUCUUGUGCACAAUCAAAUGCAAAAAUGGACCCGGCGUCGUUAUUGAAGAAGAAGCGUGCCUCAUGCCAAAUUGCACCACCAAUGACGCUGCAAACCAAUCUAGUCAAAUAGUUACUACGAGCCUAGACCUAAGUACAGUGUAUUCGCAAAGCCCCAUUCCUAUCGUGACCACAACAGAGAUGGUAAGAAGCUUAAUGCUGAACCUCAGCACAGACCCAUUGCAAGACCCUAUUCCUAUGACCACAACAGAGAUGGUAAGAAGCUUAAUGGUGAACCUCAGCACAGACCCAUUGCAAGACCCUUCCCCUAUGACCACAACAGAGAUGGUAAGAAGCUUAAUGAUGAACCUCAGCACAGACCCAUUGCAAGACCCUUCCCCUAUGACCACAACAGAGAUGGUAAGAAGCUUAAUGGUGAACCUCAGCACAGACCCAUUGCAAGACCCUUCCCCUAUGACCACAACAGAGAUGGUAAGAAGCUUAACAGCGAUGGUGCAUUCUGCUGGGCAAAGUAUUAAGGACUCACCAUCUGCGUCAAGUCCUCUGGUGAAAGCGAUUUCGCAAAUCGAGACCAGUGCCACCGCUACGUCCCUUAUACGCCCAACAAUUACCCUGAAUACAGGGUCGGCCAUGACUACAAGUAUUGGGCCAACCAUGAAUCCCACCAGCUCUGAACAUGUCCAGUCAACGAAAAGUCUAACGUUUGAAAUUACAUCGAGUGAUGAAUGGCGAGAGACGCUGAGAAACAAGAGCAGUGAAGAUUACAAGGCUGAAAAGGAAAGAUUUGAGUCUGCUCUUGAACCGGUGAUGAAGGAGACCGAGGGAUUUCUGGACGCCGAGGUGAUCGACAUGAGUAAAGGAAGCAUUAUGUUCACUUACAGGGCCAGAUAUAGAAGAACGUCUACGAUUACCUCAGAGAGAAUGAGAUCGACCUUGUACUCUGCAAGAGAUGAUCGACUUGCGCAGCUUAACAUCAUCAGUAUCCGAGAAAAAACGGCACAAAUUACUGUUCAAAAGAGCACCCCUACUUCUGAAAACACAAUGACUGAGGUCUACAUGUACUUCUUAUACGGAGUGGGAGCAAUGCUCGCUUUGGUGGUCCUUUUCAUUGGAACAAUGCUGGCUUAUCGUAAGGUGAAGGGUUCAAGGCCACGUACUAACGACAAAGCACUGGAUAAAUACACAUUCUACUUGACGCUUGAAGACAGGAAGGCAGCCAAUAGAUUUGAAAGAGAGCAAAGACGAGACAUGACUUAGGAACAGGCCUUUUGAUAUCUGACGGUCAAGCCAAUCCCCAAACAUCUUUGAACUGAAAAAUUGAUGAAGUAGUGGACUUUUUAAACAUGAGAUACAAACUUCUGAUACUUGACACCCUCUCCCCCUCCCCCUCCCCCUCUCUGCCCCGUCAGAUAUCAAAAAAGCAGUUAGCAUAGCUACCCUGUACCUCUGUGUCCAGUUUACUCGUUGAGAGACAAUCCAGGUAAACGACACGGAGCACGUGAAACUGCAAUUGAAACGAGAUGUCCUUGGCGUAUCUGGAGUGUCACUAAACGGGUGGAUCUAGAGUGUACCGGGGACUAUACUUACAUCGUAGAUUAAAUUACGUUUUUCUUUUAGAAGCACAUAGCUAGACGUUACGAUAGCAUAUGUUGAGGCCAAGACACUAAUUUCGUACCGUUAGAAUAAACGCAUCUUUAGAGAUGGAGCUGGAAAUUGCCUAUCCAGGAUUAGCUAAGAGGAGGGGGGGGGGGGGGGGGCUGCGCGGUUCUUCAAUAAGAAAUGACCCACUUUUUGCGCGCGCAGCCUGCGCUAUAAACGCGCCUGGAAAGGAAACAAAACUCCAUGAUCUUUCGACUAUAGAAUAAUUACGGGAGGGGGGGGGGGGGGGGGAGGGGGGGGAGAUCUGUCCCCCAAAAUAUCUGUUCCGCAGCCCGUUUUUUUGCUGGCUGGGAAGAUGUUAGACCCUUCGGUUGCUGGGGAAAAAUCGUCCCGAAUGGCUCCGUUGGCAAAUUUGUAGUCUCGAUCGUCUAUACGGGAGAUUAUUCAUGUGCAAAAAUUCCUAACCAAUGCUGGCUGGGGAAAAAGGAAUGGUCCCUCCUGGAUAAUAUUUUUCCCCAGCAACUUUUAAAAUGGAUAUUUUCGGCGAUAGAACAUAUUCAAACGACAAAAUAUGCCAUUUUAACGUGUUUCGGGGAGGAGGGCCCGUUGUAUACCCUUGCUAUUUGUAAACAGACAUGGUAUUUGAUUGGGUAUCUGAGAGAAAAUAAGCAUUUUUAUCAGAAAUAGUAUAUUUUAGGGCUUCUGUGGUACUUUUUGUUUAGGAUUUUGGCGUUGUUUACACAGAACAAUAUGGUCAUGCACUGCACGAACACGUGACUUAGAAAGGUUGUUCCGAAGGCUACCCUUGGUACCAGAGGCUCCGAGCUUCAAAGCGACCGGUCAAAAACGUUUUCGCCUCUGGUACACAGGGUAGAUGAUCUGGUUACUUGUCGGUUGAGGUCCGCUAUAAAGGAGAAAAACGACGAAACACGAUAUUUCGGUUGGUUCAUCGCGAAACUCCUUGUGGUCGCUACAUUACUAAUAAAAAGAACACGUAUCCACAGAAA